GCAAACUCGCCUGCUCUAAAACACAGACGACUAAACAACCCAUGAUAAACUCAUGUAAUUUUAAUUCCAACAGCUUUAAGAAAGAAGUUUUUAAAGAACAAUCCUCCCGGGGCAGGAGCACCAAGACUGAUCUAGAGGCAGUAGAAACAGACUCGGCGGUUCCAUCGAUUGAGAGCGAUUGUACUGUAGGCCGGCAUACAGCAGUCCAACAUCAAACAGACGAGUUACUCCAGAGUGUCUCAGGAGCUCCUGCCCCAGGCACUUCUGCCCUCACAGCCGCGGAUUCUUCGCUAAAAGACUCUCACCUAACUCAACCGACAAGUGGCCAAAAUGAUUCAAAAUUCUUCAAAGAUUCGCCAGAUCUUCAAACAUACAAACUUAUAAUUGGCAGAUCUAUUUCCAGAACUGAAUCAUGUGUGAAGAUGGAUGAUGGAGAUUUUAUAAUAAAAAUGAUUGAUUCAGACAUCAUUUAUAGAGAAUUCUACAAAAGAAAACCAUCCUUGGAAUAUUUAUCAAAUCAAAUUCAAAAUGUUAUGAACUACAAAGUUUUUAAGCCAAAAGAUUUAAAAGAUAACCACAAUGAAACUUUUAAUGAAUUGUUUAAUGAUCUUGAUGAAGAUAAACAGGAUUCUAUUAAAGAAAAUAAACAGCUUGCUUUUUUAUGUUUUAGAAAAAAAGAUGGAUCAUUCGACAGGAGAAGAACCAUAGUUAUAGAACUAAAGUCCCUCUCAAAAGGAGAGCAUACUGAAGAUGAAAUAUUUAAACUACUACUAGAUAUUUAUAAUGAAAGUAAAUGUGAUUAUUCAGAAAUUUAUAUCUUCUCUACAAAUAGCCCAUGUUUAGCAAGGAAAGACUGUGUUCCCUGCAUGAUCAGGGCUUUUGUUAUAGCAGAAUUGUUAAAUAAGAAGCAUGGCAUAAAAACAGUUACUGGAUAUAUUAUAAAUUAUGGCUUAAAUGGCUCAUAUGAUAACAAUGUGCCUUUUUACCCUAUUAAAGAUUGUAUUUAUACUUUUGAUUCCCAAACAUUAAGAAGCAAAGAUUUAAUUAGUGCCUCCUCCCAUCCACGCAAAAAACAAAAACAUACAAAAGUUAACACAGAAUAUUUAAUCCCAGUUUAUACACAAAUUAUUGCCGAAGAACAAAAUUCUACAUUUUCAAUGAAAGUUACUGUAUCCACACCACCAUUUAAUCUUCAGAAAUCUUUCCCAGAAAUAUCCAAUUCUGAAAUUUACAAUCAACUUAAUGAAAUUAAACAAAAUUUGUUCAAAGAUCCAAAAUUAGAUAAAAAAUCUUUUGAUGAUUUUCAUGCAUAUGGUUUAGAAAUGUUUGAAAAAUAUACCAAUGAAAUACAUGAUCUUUUAAUUGAUUAUGAUGAAAAUAUUUAUAAAAACAUCCGCAAACAUCUGCAAACACGUUUCUUUCCCUGGUGGGCUAAAAACCUGGACGAAGCAUCCGGUAAUUAUUUAAAUGAGAAACUCAGUCAGAAUCUUCAAAAUUAUGCUUUGCAUCUUUUUAUAUUGGAAAUUGAAGAAAUGCAAAAAAAAAUUGGAAGACAAUUUUUUGAAAUUGGUCUUGUGACUAUAAAUUAAGUGUUAAUUUGUUCUAUCUAUUGAAAACAUUGAAAUAAACAUGUAAAUUUGGCUCUGUCA